CUUGCGAAAUAGACGAGCUUCGGAGCUAGCCGGCUAACUGGAGCUAAGCGACGCCAUUUACUCGGAUACGUCGGCGUCUCUCUGACGAGGAUAUUAGCCAGCUUUGCGGACGUUGCGCUGUUGGUGGCGACGAGGAACUUCGGCUUUCUCCUCCAAAUCGAAUAGACUUUCGACUUUGAUUUCCUCGGCCGUUUCGCCCCCGCCCCACCAUCACACGCCCCCCUUCCUCCUAGAUCGGAAGCCGAUGUGAGCUACGCAGGAGUCAUGUUCCGACGUGCUAAGUGUUAGCAUCGGCGCGGGGGGUGGGGGGCGCCCGGCCGGCUGGCUAGCUAGCUCGUUGUCACGCAUCGAAGGGCUGCCAUGGCGGCGGCUGGCGGCGGAGGAGGAAAAAGCUUCUCCUUCAAGGUGGUCCUCCUGGGUGAAGGCUGCGUGGGCAAGACGUCCAUGGUCCUGCGAUACUGCGAGAACAAAUUCAACGACAAACACAUCACGACACUUCAGGCGUCCUUCCUGACCAAGAAGCUCAACAUCACGGGAAAGCGGGUCAACCUGGCCAUCUGGGACACGGCGGGCCAGGAGCGUUUCCACGCCUUGGGGCCCAUCUACUACAGAGACUCUAACGGAGCCAUCCUUAUGUACGACAUCACCGACGAAGACUCCUUCCAGAAGGUGAAGAACUGGGUCAAAGAACUGAGGAAGAUGUUGGGCAACGACAUUUGCUUAUGCAUAGUGGGUAACAAAAUCGAUUUGGAGAAAGAUCGCAACGUCUCCGACGAGGAGGCGGAAAGUUACGCCGAGUCUGUGGGGGCCAAACACUACCGGACGUCGGCCAAGCUCAACAAAGGCAUCGAGGAGCUCUUCUUGGACUUGUGUAAAAGAAUGAUGGAGGCGGCCGGAGCCGAGGAGCGGACCAAAGGAAACGGCGGCCGUCGAGGCGUUCAGAUCGUCGACGACGAGCCGCUGGCCGCGCCAGCCGGAGGAUGCUGCUCAUCGGGCUAACCCGCUCAGGAUCGUGGAAUGUUUGUCAGUAAAGUCGGGUCGCGAGCGCCCGUUUCUCUAAUUGUUGGGCCACCGCGCUGAAACGGAAGCACAAAAUGGUCGCCGAAAGGAAACGUUCCCCAUCUUUAACAAACGGGCAGGCGAGCACGCUUAACUGUAACGAGCUUUGUUUGAUAAAUAAUUUUGUGUUCAUUAAAUGAGUCUUGAAAAUC